GGUGAAUCAACGACUCAAGACGGAGCCAGCUCUCAAGCUCCAUGCGAGAUCCAACUUGAGCAGAUACUUUGCAACCCCUCCACCAGAAAGAGUCUACAUCGAUAUUACUUCUCUGCUGACCGCUUCACUGGUCAAAGGCGUCAAGCGCAAGGCAUCGGCUGAGGCAAACGAUGAUAUCCCUACCAAAAGGGCGUGUGUAUUGGAAGACUCCCUUGCUAGGUCUGCGCCUUCGGACUUCUCCAAGCAAGAGAAGUACAAGAGGCUCGACCCAAACAAAUUUGCCUUCAACCGACCCCCAGUACCCCAAAGCAUACCUCUAGCCAUCCUUCAUUCCAUCUUUGGACAGUUUGUAGAGGAGACGGAAAGCUAUGAACCGACGAUGGAAGACUAUGCUCUAGUACGCGGCCUGCGAAUGGCCAUGAGCACUGUCAAUGGGUACAGUACAGAGCCACAGUACUGUGAGGAAUUUCGUACAGUUCUGCAUCAACACUAUCCCGACGUACAACUACGAGCUUCGGCAAUCGGGAGUACCAAGUUCAUAAGCGAUGGGCACCUCCAAGUGGGUAAAUAUAUGUCCUCUGUGUGCGAAGCAAAGCUCUGGGACGGGAAGGGCGAUCCAGAGAUUCAAGCAUGCGGCUACAUGAUUGCAUCUCUCCGCCACAUGGUCAAUAGAUCGGAAGACUACCCUGACAAGUUUCCAUGCAUGAUCAUUUCCAUUUUUG